UUCAUGUCCCCACCUCCGAAUGGGCAUCCGCCCGUUCUCGGGCGCCCCCAGUCCACCUGCGGUGCAGACUCUACCCUGGGCACGGGGGGGAACAACCCUUCCGGCAGGAGGCAGAGCGGCUCGGGGGCUGCCGCCGGCAGGAGGCACCAAUCACCCCUGCAGCUGAGUGUUGGGAGCCGACCCCGCACCGCAGGAGCCGGCUGCCCGGGGCUCGCCCGCCGGAGGGACGGCAGGAGGCAGCGCGCCCGGAGCCAGCCUGCAGGCGGGGGGCGCGCCCCUCCGGGUGGGAUUGUGACAUGGGCGGGGGCGCAGGUCGUGGCCCCGCGGGCCCAGCUCAGCGGCGGGCGGCCAUGGAGCCGCAGGAGCAGUCGGGGCGGGCGGACGCCGCCGAGCCCGGGGCGAGCCCGGACGGGGCGUUCCAGGCCGUGGUGCAGCGGACGCAGGUGCUGCUGCUGGCCGGGGAGACGUGGGAGCCGGACCGCGCCCAGGCCGCGCUCAGCUCCUUCGCCCACGAGGUGCUGCCCGUGGCCCGCCGGCCGCCCAGCCCCGCGCCGCCCAGCGCGCCCCCGGCCGGGCAGCUCAUCUUCUUCCUGUGCCGCGCCCCGUCGCUGCGGGGCCGGGCCGAGCGGCUGCGGGAGGUGCUGCGGGGCGUGCGGGAGCAGAGCCGCGGCGCGCCCGCCGCCCUGGUGGGGGUGAUCGUGCAGCCCCGGCCCGAGGAGGAGGCGGAGGCCCGCCGCCGCCUGGAGGAGCUGCUCCUCGAGGUCUUCCAGCCGCCGGGGCCGGGCGCCGCGCCGCGGGUCGAGGUGCACACGGCCGUGUUCCGCCCCGGCCGGCCCGAGGGGGCCCUGGAGGUGAAGAAAGCCGCUUGCGAGGCCGUGCGGGAAGAGCCAGAAGAUGCUGUUUGGGUUUCACGAGCCACCCUCUUCAAAGUCCUGGGGGCGCUCUGCGUGGCGUGCGCUGGUAUUAUCGGAAGCCAGUACAUGAACAUUCACACCUGAGACUGGUUCCCAUCGGGCCUGCUCCCUGCCUACAGGCCGCUGUCCAUCUGGAUCUUAACUACCAUCCAAAAUAAAAAACAUCAUCAUGUAAUAUUUGUGUCCGUACCUUUACAUUUAAAAUUAAAAUAUUUAUCACAGGGAAAAUACAUCUCCCUAAGCCAUAUCUAAGCUAAGCAUCUAAUAUUGCAGAAAUAGUAAGUAAUAGCAAAGAAAUGUGUUAGGUUAUCUUUUGUUUUAGCUUGUGAAUUUUCCCUGUGCUAAGAGGGAGGUUUAUCCCUGUUUUUGUAACUUUAAAGUUUUGCCUAGAGGGGAAAUCCUCUGUGUUUUUGAAUCUUUUGUUAUUCUGUAAAGUACUUACCAUCCUGAUUUUACAGAGGUGAUUCUUUUACCUUUUCUUUAAUUAAAAUUCUUCUUUUAAGAACCUGA